CCCAGAGUUUCACCAUGGUGGGUGUGAAACCGGUGGUUUCAGGGUUUCAGGUGGAUGUUGCUUCUUCACCUGAAACCACCUGCAUGGCACAAGUACGGCACCUUUUUUGGGUGGUCGGCACCGUGUACUCCGCCCGGCCUGCUCGCCGUCGCUUGCUCGCCAAGGCCCGCCAUGAGUGGAGUCCACCAGUGCCCAACGAGCCAACCGCAUCACUGAACUCCGAUGCUCCGUCGCAGGGGGCCGGUGCCGUCGCUGGACACGGCGGACACGGCCUUCACGACUUUGAGGCCGCCCACAACUUCCCUGGCCCCAACGGCCUCCCCGAGCUGCGGACGCGCUCCACGCGCUCGUCGCGCUCCUCCGCGCGGCGGCCGUCGAUGUCGAUGCUGUCGGAUGCCAGUCUGGAUAGCUAUUCGCGUGCUUUGCGCAAGGGCAGCAAGGUGGACACCUUCAAGAAGAUCGUCUCAGAAGAGGCAUCCAUGGCCCAAAGCUCGCCCAGUGCCUGCCGGAGAUGGUGCGCGCGGAUCAUGGGAUCACAAGCGGCAGAGGUGAUCUUCGCCAUGGCCAUUCUGAUGAAUUCGAUCACCGUUGGCGUGGAAUUGGAGUGGAUGGCAGCGAACCCGGAUGCUCCAGGCUAUCCGUUCCUGGCUGCGAACUGUGUCUACGCUGUGGUCUUCUUGGUGGAGGUCGUGCUAGGACUGAUUGCAUUUGGUCCCAGGCAAUACUUUUGCUCUCGUGGAUGCCUCUGGAACUGGCUGGAUGUCUUCGUGGUCUCAACGUCGUGGGCUGAGCUGGUCAUCGUCUUCUUCAGCAUCACCCCCUUCGGUGUGUUGCCCAGCGGCAGCUUGCGCAUGCUGAGAUUGAUCAAGGUCAGUCGCGUCGCUCGCGUGCUGCGGGUGCUGCGGGUGGUGAAGAUCGUGCAUUACAUCCGGCCCUUGCGGACGCUGGUGCAUUGUGUGGUGGACACCACCAAGUCGUUUGUUUGGGCCCUGAUCUUGCUUCUCCUCAUGAUCUACGUCUUCGCCAUACUUUUUACGGACGCUGUCCUCGACCAUCUCAGCGACAUCAUCGUCACAGGGACCAACCCAGCAGACAUCGAGCGGAUAGAGGAGAUGAAAACUCUCUUUGGAACGGUCUACUUUUCCAUCAGCACGCUCUUCCAGUCCAUCUCGAAUGGCUUGGAUUGGGGUGAAGCGGCCCUCGUCUUGUCCCAAGUGGGAGUUCUUUGGGUGCUCGUCUACAAUUUGUACAUUGCAUUCACCAGCUUCGUCCUGCUGAACGUCCUGACUGGCGUGUUCUGUAACAGUGCAAUCAAAGCAGCGGAAAGCGACCAUGAAAUGGUAAUUCAGUCGUUGAUCUACAGCAAGAAGAACUUUCAAGAGCUGGUGGAAAACCUCUUCCACAGGAUUGAUGACCUGGGACUGGGGAUGAUCACCAUUAGCGAGUUCGAACGGCACUUCAACGAUGUGCAGGUCCGUGCCUUCUUCGAAUCCUUGGAGAUGGGCGCAGUGGAUGCUUGGACCCUAUUUGCCAGCUUGGACGCCGAUGGCGACAACGUCAUCAGCUUGCAGGACUUCAGCGAGAGAUGCGUUCAGCUGCAUGGGCCUGCUCGCUCGGUAGACCUGUACUCCCUGAAACAGCUCACUGCCAAGCUGCGGCAGGAGCUGCAGCUGGUCUCUGACGCGUUGCUGCCGGCGGGCGACCUGCGCGGCUCGACGCGGGGCUUGAGCAAAGAGCGUGGCACCCGUCGAGUCUCGCCUCCGAUGGUGGCGACCGUCUCCGACGAGCAAUCCAAGUCGCCCAUCGAACUGUGAACCACCGGUGAUGCGGAUUCGGAGUUUUGGAGCGGCGCCAGUCGACUGUAAACAAAACAGGGCCGCAAUCUGCUUCAUGCUGGGUGAAGGCGGACAUAUUCUGGAACAGCCCGGGCUUUGUUUCCAUCGAUUGCCAUAGAUGAUGAUUUCAAUGAUUUCUUUUGUUCUGGUUCCUGGGAUCGCCGGUGUUUCUGCUUCAAAGCGCAGCGAUCGCUGGAGUUCGCGUUGCAGGAUGUUGCAGCGAUUUUUCGGCGCUUCGUCAAUGGAGUUGGUGGAAUCGGUAGCUGCAUGGGUUUACCAAAGGCUCCGUGGCUUCCAUUCGAGGCUUCAAGAGACAAACGGAUGGAACCCGGAGGCAAACCGAGUUUUGGUCGCUCGAAUGUGCGAGCACACCGAACAAGGGUGAUUGACAUUUCGAUUGGAGAACAGAGGUGUUUGGAGCUUCGUAGCUUCGUAGCUGGGAUGUUCUUGCGUUAUAUAGUGGUCCCCAAGCAGAUAGUGAC